ACCCUAGGGUUUUAAUUGUGUUUUCGAAUAGAUAGCUAUGCCGGAGCUUCCCGAGGUAGAGGCCGCGCGGCGGGCGGUGGAGCUCCACUGCAAGGGCCUCAUUUGCCGCGCCAGCGUCGCCGACGACACGACCGUGAUCGAAGGCAUGGCGCCGUUUGAUAUGCAGCGCCGCCUUGUGGCCAAGAGGAUCGUCGCGGCGCAUCGCAAAGGCAAGCAGCUGUGGCUGGAGCUGGACGAGCCCCCAAGCAUUUGCUUCCAGUUUGGCAUGGCCGGAGCUGUGUAUGUGAAAGGAGUAAAGAGCACGAAGUAUGUGAGGUCCGCUGUGAAGGAUGAAGAUGAGUGGCCCUCCAAAUACUCCAAAGUUCAUCUCGUGCUGGACACUGGUGUGGAGAUGUCGUUCACGGACAAGCGCAGGUUUGCACGGGUUCGACUUUUACAAGAUCCACGCUUGUCUCCGCCAAUAUCUGAACUGGGACCGGAUGCUUACACAGAGCUUCCGGAUGAAACUACUUUCGCCGACUCUGUUGCGAAAAAGAAGACGGCUAUCAAGGCUGUUCUACUUGACCAGAGCUUUAUCGCGGGGAUUGGCAACUGGAUUGCUGAUGAAGUACUCUAUCAGUCUAGAAUACAUCCUGAGCAACCAGCGUCCACCUUAACAGCUAUAGAUUGCGAGCGACUUCGUGGGGCUAUCAAAGAGGUUGUGAUGACUGCGGUUGACGUUGAUGCUGAUCUUGAACGCUUUCCUAGAGAUUGGCUUUUUCAUCACCGCUGGGGUAAAAAGCCUGGCAGUGUUCUUGAAACGGCCAUCGCUGUGGAAGGCGAUUCGUCCCAGUAUCCAGACGACUGGAUUUAUCAACACCGCGAGAAGAAAUCUGGUGCUACUGUGAAUGGGAAAAAGAUCGAGUUCAUCACUGUUGGCGGAAGGACGUCUGCUUAUGUGCCGGAGCUGCAGAAGUACGAUGGGGUUCCAAAGAAGAAGACGCCAUCGAGGAAGAAAUCUAUCAAGGGGAAAGUGGACGACGAGAACGAAGUGGAAGAAGAGGAGGAAGCCGCGCCAAAGAAGAAGGCUGUCUCCCGGAAGAAAAAACCCGUGGACGACGACGGGGAAUCUGAUGGUGAUGACAAACCAAAGAGGAAAGGGGGUGCAGUGAAGGCAAAAAGCGAUGACGUUGAGCAAGAAGCACCAAAGAAAAGGGGAAGGCCUGCAAGGAAUCAAGCAAAGGAUGAGGCUAAGUUGGACGACGAGGACUUGAGCUAUGGCCUCGGAGCAAAAUGCGUUGGUGGUGGAAGUGGAUUAAAUCCGAGCACAGUGGCAGCAGCAGUAAGAUCGCAGUGGUCAUCGUUUCUCGGUAAGUUUCCGAGAUUCAAAGAGGCUUGCCCCUCUUUGAAUUCGUAUCCUUAUAGUCAGCAGCAGCAGCAGGAGUGCUUUACGAUCGGGAUUUCUAGCUGUAGUAGCAACAGGUUAAGUGCGUUGAAUCGCAUCGUCUCUCGAGCUCCUUUGAGAGUAGAAGGGCGACUCGGGAUUAAAUUCCUGUCCUACGUUCUCCGAAAAUCCGCCUACUUAUAAGCAAAUACAAGUUUUUUUUCUA